AUGUUUGCUGAAGGAACCAAUAUCCAACCAAACGAUCUUAUCAAUCAAAUGGCAGAAUUAGAGGGCGGUUUGCAUGCUCUUUUGGAAAAAGUCAAGGGCGAUUCACAAAUGACCAAGGAUAUUUCUACAUUUUUGAAGAAGAGGGCGUUUCUGGAGGAAAGUUACGGCAGAGAUAUGGUCAAAGUGGCCCAAGCAACAGCCGAAGCCUUUGACAAGGCACAUCCAAAAUCAGGGACAUUUGGUGAUGUGUGGAUCUCCAUGUUGAAAGUGCACGAAAACAUUGGAAAUCAACGUAUUAAAUUUGCAGCUACUAUCUCUGAUUCAGCAGAAGAUUUACUGUCUGUGGGCAGAAGCAUUGAAAAGGAGAGAAAGAAGAUCAAAGAUGCAGGCAUGCAUUACGAGAAACUAGUGACAGAUGCUGACUUACAGCUAGAAAAGAGCAAGCAAAAGUUUGAGAAUACGAAUGAAGAGUGGGGCCGUGCUGUGUCACAAAGAAAUCAAGAGCCUACACAAACGCCAAAGAAGAACCUCUUUAGAUCUAGCCGAACGCCUGCCCAACUGGAUAGAACAGAGAAUGACUGCAGAAAUAAAAUGGAUGCUGCUGAUGCUCAAUACAAGAUGCAACAAAAGAAAACCAUUCAAACACAUGCAGAGUAUUAUGAAGUACACCUGCCCAAGGUGCUCAAGGAAUUGAAAGCAGUAGAUGAUGAAUGCCACGUAGCACUUCGAUAUCAACUGGCUAAUUACGCCUAUACAUUUGAACAAGCAUUGACAGAAGACGGUCUAGCAUUGGAUAAUGACCAAGGAACGGGAUUAAGAGGACUCAUAAAAAAGAUUAGAAACGACGCAGAUUGGGUGGAAUUUGUGAGAUUGUGCACCGAGAGAAGUGGAAGAAUUCAAAAGAAUGAACUUAUCCAACAAGAGAAUGCUUUGCCUACAAAUGCCAAUUUCAACAACAAUCGAGUGUUUGGUGUAUCGUUAGAACAGCAAGCAGAGAUGUCUGAGGAUAUGGUGCCUGAUAUUCUGAAACAAUGCGCAACCGUUGUAGAGCAGUAUGCACUCAGUUCAGUGGGCAUUUACAGACUCUCAGGGACUAGCAGUCGUAUUCAGAAAAUCAAGUUCAAGUUUGAGAGCGGCGAUCCUAACCCUAUAUCAGAAGAAGAUUUAUCGGAUAUCAACAAUGUUACAAGUGUGUUAAAACUGUGGUUCAGAGAACUGCCUGAUCCUUUGUUCCCUUCAGCUUCGUAUCAUCAAUUCCUGGAAGCAGCAAAAUUGCCUGAUGACAGAAACAGAGUUAUUGGUCUACACACUGUCAUUAAUGACUUGUCAGACGCUCACUAUGCCACGUUGAAGUACUUGAUGUGCCAUCUCCACAAGGUGCAAUCCUAUCAACGUUUCAACAAAAUGGGUGCGGCGAAUCUAGCGACUAUUUUUGGCCUCACAUUGAUGAGUAGUGAAGCUGGCUCACAAUCUCAAGUGGCCGUUCAUGAUAGUCAGCGUAUUGCAGAAUCUCAAUUGCAAGCUAAAGUCGUUCAAACUAUAUUAGAAAACUAUUCUGAGAUUUUCGAGGAAGAAUAA